CGACUAUGAUUUUUUUACGCUAAUAUAUUUAAUUCUCUCCACGUUCAUCUCUGUCACAUAUCAGAAUCAUAUUUGUACCCUCUCUCUCUCUCUCUCUCUCAACAGAAUUUGCCUUCUUUACUCUCCCUUUGCGGAGAAAGAAAGAGAGAGAGAAGACGGCAGGUCUCUGGCUUUUCUUUCUUCCUUCUUCUCAAAUUUCUAUGGACCCACAGAUGUUAAACGUGAGAUUUUGUUUAUUAUGAAGACCAUUUUUGUUUUUCCAGAGGUUUGAAGUCUCUCCGUUGGGUUUAUAUCAUAUCCUAUUCCUGUAGGAAAAAUUGAUUUAGCAUAUUCUUUGUUUGAUACUUUGAUUGUUACAUUUCCCUGAUUUUCUUUGGCCGCUUGUUAAUACACAGUAUCUCACUGUUAUUCGAUUUCUUUCUGAUUUUGGCAAGUAAACGUAAUCGUUGAAAUUGUAUUCAUUUUGGUAGAAGUAGCUCUUACGACAUUCCUCUUUGGGCACUUUGUUUUUUCCUGAAUAUCUUUUGUGUUUGUGAAAAUUUUCCAUUUUUUCCUGUUGUUUUGUAGAUUUCUCAUGAGAAUCGAAGCAAAUUCAAGAUUGGCUGUGAAGAAGAUCUGGGUUUUGUAAGAAAUUUCUGGGUUUUUUAUGAGUUAGAGAAUCAAAGUAGUUGUUAAAAAAUGGCGGCGAGAGUAGAAGCAGCAACAGUGGGCGGUGAGAUUGAUGAAGAGACUGAUGACAGAGGAAGUAUGUGGGAGUUAGACCAGAAGCUUGAUCAAUCUAUGGAUGAAGAAGCUGGUCGCCUUAGGAACAUGUACAGAGAAAAGAAAUUCUCGGCUCUUCUGCUUCUUCAGCUUUCGUUUCAGAGUCUUGGUGUUGUUUAUGGAGACUUGGGGACAUCUCCUCUGUAUGUUUUCUACAAUACAUUUCCUCAUGGGAUCAAAGAUCCAGAAGACAUCAUUGGAGCUCUAUCUCUCAUCAUUUAUUCACUCACACUCAUCCCUCUCCUCAAAUACGUUUUCGUUGUAUGUAAAGCAAAUGAUAAUGGUCAAGGUGGAACAUUUGCUCUGUAUUCAUUACUGUGUAGACAUGCCAAAGUGAAAACGAUAAGGAACCAACACCGUACUGACGAAGAGCUAACUACUUACAGCCGUUCAACGUUCCAUGAGCAGUCCUUUGCUGCAAAAACCAAACGGUGGUUAGAGAAACGGACAUCUAGGAAAACAGCACUUCUUGUUUUAGUUCUUGUUGGUACUUGUAUGGUCAUCGGCGAUGGUAUCCUUACUCCUGCCAUUUCUGUUCUCUCAGCUGCUGGUGGGCUAAGAGUAAACCUUCCUCACAUAAGCAAUGGAGUAGUUGUUCUUGUUGCCGUUGUGAUAUUAGUGAGCUUGUUUAGUGUACAGCAUUACGGAACAGACCGGGUUGGUUGGCUUUUCGCGCCCAUAGUUUUCCUCUGGUUCCUCUCGAUCGCUAGCAUCGGUAUAUACAAUAUAUGGAGACACGACACUAGCGUCUUGAAAGCUUUCUCUCCUGUUUAUAUAUACCGCUAUUUUAAAAGAGGAGGUCGAGAUCGCUGGACUUCUCUUGGAGGCAUCAUGCUUAGUAUAACAGGGAUCGAAGCGCUAUUCGCUGAUCUCUCGCAUUUUCCGGUUUCAGCUGUGCAAAUCGCGUUUACUGUAAUCGUGUUUCCUUGCCUUCUUUUGGCUUAUAGCGGUCAAGCUGCCUACAUUAGGAGACACCCUGAUCAUGUCGCUGAUGCGUUUUACCGUUCCAUUCCAGUCGAUCAAGGCGGUUGGGUUCCUCUUGUGAUCGCUGCGGCUUUUCUACUCAUCAUGUCCGUAUGGCACUACGGAACUUUGAAGAGGUACGAGUUUGAGAUGCAUAGUAGAGUGUCAAUGGCUUGGAUCCUCGGACUCGGUCCUAGCCUUGGGCUUGUUCGUGUUCCCGGGGUUGGUCUUGUUUACACUGAGCUAGCGAGUGGAGUCCCACACAUCUUUUCUCAUUUCAUCACAAACCUACCGGCUAUUCACUCCGUUGUGGUGUUUGUAUGCGUCAAGAACCUCCCCGUUUUCACCGUCCCUGAGGAAGAACGGUUCCUCGUUAAGAGGAUUGGUCCCAAGAACUUCCACAUGUUCCGUUGCGUCGCAAGGUACGGAUAUGGAGACUUGCACAAGAAAGACGACGAUUUUGAAAAACGACUCUUCGAGAACCUCUUCUUGUUCGUCCGCCUUGAAUCCAUGAUGGAAGGAGGAUGUUCGGAUUCCGACGAGUACAGCAUCUGCGGAAGCCAGAAUCAGUUCAAAGACAUGCUCGGAAACGGGAACGAGAAGGAGAAUCUAGAAACGUUUGAUACAUUUGAGUCGAUAGAGUCGAUAACGACGGUGAAACGGGUGAGCCACACGGUGACAGCGUCGAGCCAGAUGAGCGGAGGAGUAGACGAGCAGGAGUUCAUAAAUAGGUGCAGGGACGCGGGAGUGGUGCAUAUAAUGGGGAACACGGUGGUUCGAGCGAGGAGGGAAGCGAGGUUCUACAAGAAGAUAGCCAUUGACUAUGUGUAUGCCUUUCUUAGGAAGAUUUGUAGAGAACAUAGUGUUAUCUUCAAUGUUCCUCAGGAGAGCCUUUUGAAUGUUGGUCAGAUUUUCUAUGUAUAAAUAUAUAUAUGCAUGUGUUGUAAUAUCUUGUUUGUAUGUAAUGUCUAUCAUGUUGUAUAGUUUCUAUCAAAUAUCAAAAUUUUGUAUUAGUUUCAUCCCGCAACAAAUUUUUUUGACUUAAAGUAUAGUACAGUAUAAUACAUUCGAUUCUAU